UCCCUCUUGGGUUCUCCAGCCAUGAGGCUCCUUUGGGGGCUGAUCUGGGUGUCCAGCUUCUUUGCCUUGUCCCUGCAGAAGCCCAGGUUGCUCCUGUUUUCUCCUUCUGUGGUUCACCUGGGGGUUCCUCUGUCCGUGGGGCUGCAGCUCCAGGAUGCUCCCCAGGGACAGGUAGUGACAGGAUCAGUGUUCCUGAGAAACCCAUACGACUUGAAAGCACUCUGCUCCCCACAGGUGGACUUCAUCCUCAGCUCAGAAAAAGACUUCAUGCUCCUUAGCCUCCAGAUCUCCCCGAAAGAUGCAGAGAGCUGUGGCCUCUACCUCCUCCUUGGUGGCCCUGAGGUCCAGCUAGUGGCCAAGUCACCAUGGCUGAAGAAUUCUCUGUCCAGAAACACAGACACUCAGGGUGUCAACCUGUUCUUCUCCUCUCGCCGGGGGCAUCUCUUUCUGCAGACUGACCAGCCCAUUUAUAACCCUGGCCAGCGGGUUCGGUACCGAAUCUUUGCUCUGGAUCAAAACAUGCGCCCAUCCACUGACACCCUUACAGUCAUGGUAGAGAACUCUCAUGGCCUCCUCGUGCGGAAGAAGGAAGUAUACACUCCCUCCUCCAUCUUCCAGGAUGACUUUGUGAUUCCCGAUAUCUCAGAGCCAGGGACAUGGAGGAUCUCAGCCCGGUUCUCAGAUGGCCGAGAAUCUAACAGCAGCACCCAGUUUGAGGUGAAGAAGUAUGUCCUUCCCAACUUUGAGGUGAGGAUUUUUCCUGGAAAGCCCUAUAUCCUGACAGCACCUGGCUUUCUUGAUGAAAUCCAAUUAGACGUCCAGGCCAGGUACAUCUAUGGGAAGCCAGUGCAAGGGGUGGCAUAUGUGCGCUUUGGGCUCCUGGGUGAGGAUGGUGAUAAGACUUUCCUCCGGGGGCUGGAGAGUCAGAUCAAGCUGGUAGAUGGCCAGUGCCAUAUUUCCCUCUCAAAGGCUGAGAUUCAGGGUGCCCUUGAGAAGCUUAAUGUCAAUGUUGCUGACCUCCCUGGGCUGCGCCUCUAUGUUGCUGCUGCCAUCAUUGAGUCUCCAGGGGGAGAGAUGGAGGAGGCAGAGCUCACAUCUUGGCGUUUUGUGUCAUCUCCCUUCUCCUUGGAUCUUAGCAACACCAAGCAACACCUUGUGCCUGGGGCCCCCUUCCUGCUGCAGGCCUUGGUCCGAGAUGUAUCUGGCUCCCCAGCUUCUGGCGUUCCUGUCAAAGUUUCUGCCACGUUAUCUUUUCCUGGAUCUGCUUCUAGAAUCCAGAACUUUGAACGAAACACAGAUGGGAGUGGCCACGUCCUCAUUCCCAUUGCUACCUUUCCGACCAUCUCAGAAGUGGAGCUCUUGGUAUCUGCAGGCUCCUCUCAUCCAGCCAUAGGCAGGCUCACUGCGAGAGCCCCACCCCCUGGUUCCCCGUUCCUGUCCAUUGUUCGGCCAGAUCCUCGACCCCCUCGUGUUGGGGACACUCUCAACCUGAACCUGCAAGCUAUGGGCGUCAGUGGGGACAGCUUCUCUUAUUACUACUACAUGAUCCUAUCCCGGGGCCGGAUCAUGUCUGUGAAUCGAGAGCCCAAGAGGGAACUGACCUCAGUCUCCGUGUUUGUGGACCAUCACUUGGUACCCUCCUUCUACUUUGUGGCCUUCUACUAUCAUGGGGGCAUCCCGGUGGCCAACUCUCUUCGAGUGGACGUCCAGGCAGGGACCUGUGAGGGCAAGCUGGAGCUGAAUGUGGACAGCAGCAAGCCGUAUCAUCCUGGGGAUCCUGUGAAGCUCCACCUGCAAACAGAUUCUCGAGCCCUAGUGGCACUGGGAGCUGUGGACAUGGCUCUGUAUGCUGUCGGUGGGAGGUCCCACAAACCCCUCGACAUGGGCAAGGUCUUCGAAGUUAUGAACAGCUAUGACCUUGGCUGUGGUCCUGGAGGUGGGGCCAAUGCCCGUCAGGUGUUUGAGGCAGCUGGUCUGGCCUUUUCUGAUGGAGACAUACUGACCUCAGUCAGAAAGAGUAUGAGCUGUCCCAAGAAGAAGAAAGCCCGGAAAAAGAGAAACGUGAACUUCCAAAAGGCGAUUCACGAGAAGUUGGGCGAGUAUGCUUCCCAGGUAGCCAGGCGCUGCUGCCAGGAUGGCCUGACGCAGCUGCCCAUGCGGCGCUCCUGUGAGCAGCGGGCCGCUCGUGUGCAGCAGCCGGGCUGCCAGGAGCCCUUCCUGUCCUGCUGCCGGUUUGCUGAGGACCUACGCAAGAAGUCCCACUCCAGGGGUCAGGUGGGCUUUGCCCGAGCCUUACAGGCCCUGCAGGAGGAGGACCUGAUCGAUGAAGAUGACAUUCCUGUGCGCAGCUUCUUCCCGGAGAACUGGCUCUGGAGAGUGGAAACCGUGGACCGCUUCCACCAAUUGUCACAGGUGCUUCCUGACUCUCUGACCACGUGGGAGAUCCAUGGUGUGAGCUUGUCUGAAAGCACAGGCCUGUGUGUGGCCACACCGGCCCAGGUCCGAGUGUUCCGUGAAUUCCACCUACACCUCCGCCUGCCCAUCUCUGUCCGCCGCUUUGAGCAGCUGGAGCUGCGGCCUGUCCUCUACAACUACCUGGAUAGAAAUCUGACCGUGAGCGUCCAUGUGACCCCAGUGGAGGGGCUGUGCCUGGCUGGAGGUGGAGGGCUGGCCCAGAGUGUACUGGUACCUGCGAGCUCUGCCCGGCCUGUUGGCUUCUCUGUGGUGCCCAUGGCUGCUGCUGCUGUGCCCCUGAAGGUGGUGGCUCGAGGGUCCUUGGAGUUCCCUGUCGGGGACGCAGUGUCUAAGGUUCUACAAAUUCAGAAGGAAGGGGCCAUCCACACGGAGGAGAUGGUCUAUGAACUCAAUCCCCUGGACCACCGAGGCCGGAGCUUGGAGAUUCCUGGCAACACUGAUCCCAAUAUCAUUCCUGAUGGAGAUUUCAGCAGCUUUGUCAGGGUUACAGCCUCAGAUCCACUGGACACUUUGGGCUCGGAGGGGGCCUUGUCACCAGGAGGCCUUGCCUCCCUCCUGAGAGUUCCCACUGGCUGUGGGGAACAAACCAUGGUCCUCUUGGCUCCAACACUGGCUGCUUCCCGCUACCUGGACAAGACAGAGCAGUGGAGUACACUGCCCCCUGAGACCAAGGACCGUGCUGUGGAUCUGAUCCAGAGAGGCUACAUCCGGAUCCAGCAGUUUCGGAAGACAAAUGGCUCCUAUGGGGCUUGGUUACAUCGGGACAGCAGCACCUGGCUCACCGCUUUUGUGCUGAAGGUACUGAGUUUGGCCCAGGAGCAGGUGGGCGGCUCAUCUGAAAAGCUGCAGGAGACGGCCAGGUGGCUGCUGUCCCAGCAGCAGGCUGACGGUUCAUUCCAGGACCCCUGUCCGGUUAUACACAGGGGCAUGCAGGGGGGCUUGGUAGGAAAUGAUGAGACUGUGGCACUUACGGCCUUUGUGGUCAUCGCCCUUCAGCAUGGGCUGGCCGUCUUCCAGGAAGACAAUGCAGAACAGUUGAAGCAGAAAGUGCAAACCUCCAUCUCAAAAGCAAAUUCCUUCUUGGGAGAGAGAGCAAGUGCUGGGACCCUGGGUGCCCACGCAGCUGCCAUCACAGCCUAUGCCCUGACUCUCACCAAUGCGCCCAAGGACCUGCAGCGUGUUGCCCACAACAAUCUCAUGACCAUGGCCCAGAAGACCGGAGAUAACGUGUACUGGGGCUCAGUCACUGGUUCUCAACACAAUGUCAUCCCACCCACCCUGGCUCCUCGAAGCCCGGCAGACCCUGUGCCCCAGGCCCCAGCCCUGUGGAUUGAAACCACAGCCUACGGCCUGCUCCAUCUCCUGCUUCAGGAGGGCAAGUCAGAGACAGCUGACCAUGCUGCAGCUUGGCUUACUCACCAGGGCAGCUUCCAAGGGGGAUUCCGCAGCACCCAGGACACGGUGAUAGCCUUGGAUGCUCUGUCUGCCUACUGGAUUGCGUCCCACACCACAGAAGAGAGGGAGCUCAACGUGACUCUCAGCUCCAUUGGCCGCAAUGGGUUCAAGUCCCAUGAGCUGCAGCUGAAUAACCACCAAGUUCAGGGCCUAGAGGAGGAGCUGCAGUUUUCCUUGGGCAGCACAAUUAAAGUGAAGGUGGGAGGAAACAGUAAAGGGACCUUGAAGAUCCUUCGUACCUACAAUGUCCUGGACAUGAAGAACACGACGUGUGAGGAUCUUCACAUUGAAGUUACGGUCAUGGGCCAUGUCGAGUACACAAUGGAAGCAAAUGAGGACUAUGAAGACUAUGUGUAUGAUGAGCUUCCAGCUAAGGAUGACCCAGACACCAGUUCCCAGACUGUGACGCCCCUGCAGCUGUUUGAGAGACGGCGGAGCCGCCGUAGACGGGAGGCACCCAAGGUGGCUGAUGAACAGGAGUCCAGAGUGCAGUACACCGUGUGCGUCUGGCGGAAAGACAAGGUGGGGCUGUCAGGCAUGGCCAUUGCUGAUAUCACCCUCCUGAGUGGAUUCAACGCCCUGCGUGCUGACCUGGAGAAGCUCACCUCCCUCUCUGAUCGUUACGUGAGUCAUUUCGAGACUGAAGGGCCUCACGUCCUGCUGUACUUUGACUCGGUCCCCACCUCCCGGGAAUGCGUGGGCUUCGGAGCCGUGCAGGAGGUGGCUGUGGGGCUAGUACAGCCGGCCAGUGCAGCCCUAUAUGAUUUCUACAACCCCGAGCACAAAUGUUCUAUCUUCUAUGGGGCACCCACCAAGAGCAAACUCUUGUCCACGUUGUGCUCUGCGGACGUCUGCCAGUGUGCUGAGGGGAAGUGUCCUAGACAGCGUCGCGCCCUGGAGCGGGGCCUGCUGGAAGAGGCCGGGUACAGAAUGAAGUUUGCCUGCUACUACCCCCGAGUGCAGUACGGCUUCCAGGUUAAGGUCCUCCGAGAAGAUGGCAGAGCCGCCUUUCGCCUCUUCGAGACCAGAAUCAUCCAAGUCCUGCACUUCACCAAGGACACCAGGGCCACUGCUGGUCAGACCCGAAACUUCCUGGUUCGAGCCGCCUGCCGCCUUCGCUUGGAACCUGGGAAAGAAUAUUUGAUCCUGGGCCUGGACGGGGCUACCUAUGACCUCAAGGGAGACCCCCAGUACCUGCUGGACUCGAAUAGCUGGGUGGAGGAGCUGCCCUCUGAACGCCUGUGCCGGAGCACCCGCCACCGGGAAGCCUGCGCCCAGCUCGAUGACUUCCUUCAGGAGUACGGCUCUCAAGGGUGCCAGGUGUAAGGCACAGGAGGAGCCUGCGCCAGGGAAGGGAGAUGCCUGGAUUGGAGCUGUGCCCUGGCUCCUGGAGAUGGCCCCUGGGCAGAACCAGGGGCUCAAUAAAGGUCUUUGGCAGCACAGUG